GACAGUCUUAUUAGGCACAUUUCCUGCAACGCUAACCUGAGGCUUACCUGUAUUUGACCUGUGGCUCAGCCAGGAGUGCAGAUGUACCUUUCUGUUCACUGCUUUCCGGGUUACAUUUUGGUUCCCUGAAGGUUGAGCUAUCUGGUGCCCAGGUGUAUACCUGACCAAACUGUUUUUCGUAUUACCUGUAGGUUAGUAGUAAGUUAAUUAACGCUAGGUUACCUGUGGUCCAGGUGUGUUUCUGUCUCUAUGUUACCUGUCUGUUGGAGAGCCAUGGUUGGGUGUAGCUGGAUGUGGAGCCAUAGGAACUACCUCAUUAUCCUCCUCACCCCACUUCUCCUCCUGCCUCUGCCUCUGCUCAUCCCCACACCAGAGGCUAAGUGUGGCUAUGCUAUCAUCCUAAUGGCACUGUACUGGUGUACAGAGUGUAUGCCCCUGGCUGUGACUGCCCUACUGCCUGUUGUCCUCUUCCCUAUGAUGGGCAUCAUGGAGUCUGGAGCAGUGUGUGUCCAGUACCUAAAGGACUCUAACAUGCUGUUCAUCGGUGGUCUGUUGGUUGCCAUCGCUGUUGAGAAAUGGAAUCUUCACAAACGCAUCGCCCUCCGAGUACUACUAGUGGUGGGGGUACGACCGGCACUGCUGAUGUCGGGGUUCAUGGGUGUGACAGCCUUCCUUUCCAUGUGGAUCAGUAACACAGCCACCACAGCCAUGAUGGUGCCCAUCGCCCAGGCUGUGCUAGGACAGUUGUGUGCCACAGAAGCCAGGCAGGAUGAGCGGGAGCUGCAGGUUGAAGGGAAAGACAACCAGGCCUUUGAACUGGACACCAAAGCACCCCAAGAAGAAGAGAUCAACCCCAAACAGGACCUCGUCAAGAUUCCGCAGGAUUAUAUGUACAAGGAUGAGGAGAGGGAUGCGGACUCACCUCUGGAGAGGAGAAGAAAAGAGAGGGAGUUGAAGUACCAGCUCUUGACUAAAGGGAUGAGUCUGAGUGUGUGCUACUCUGCCAGUAUCGGAGGCACAGCCACCCUCACUGGCACCACACCCAACCUCAUCCUCAAGGGACAGGUGGAUGAGAUCUUCCCAGGUAAUGGCGAUGUGAUCAACUUUGCAUCAUGGUUUGGCUUUGCCUUUCCCAACAUGAUCAUCAUGCUUAUCCUGUCCUGGCUCUGGCUGCAGUUCAUGUACAUGGGCUUCAACAUGAAGAAGUCAUUUGGCUGCGGGAAGAAGAACGAGGGAGACAAGGAGGCGUUCGCAGUGAUGAAGGAGGAGUAUAGGAAGCUGGGGAGCAUGACAUUCGCCGAGGGGGCUGUGCUGACCAUCUUUGUCCUGCUGGUGGUGAUGUGGUUCACCAGAGAACCAGGCUUCAUGCCAGGCUGGGCCACUGUACUGUUUAACCAGGAUGGACCGUUUGUGACAGACGGGACUGUUGCCAUCUUCAUGUCCACGCUAUUCUUCAUUAUCCCCUCACGGCCGUUCUGCUGUGGGAGUGCUGAGGAAGAGGAGGGAGAGGCUGGGGAGGAAGGUAAGAAGAAGCAAAAGGCCCCAGCUGCUCUGUUGAACUGGCAAGUGGUCCACGAACGCAUGCCCUGGAAUAUCAUCCUAUUGCUGGGAGGAGGUUUUGCUUUGGCCAGCGGCAGCGAGGCAUCUGGUCUGUCUCAAUGGAUGGGUGAGAGUCUAGCUCCUCUACAGUCCAUUCCUCCCUUCGGUAUCUCUCUGCUACUCUGUCUGUUGGUGGGGACCUUCACUGAGUGCUCCAGCAACACAGCUACUACCACACUGUUCCUGCCCAUACUGGCCUCUAUGGCCACAGCUAUUGGGCUGCAUCCUCUGUACGUGAUGCUGCCCUGCACCAUCUGUGCCUCGUUGGCAUUCAUGUUGCCUGUGGCAACACCUCCCAAUGCCAUCGUCUUCUCCUAUGGAAAUCUCAAAGUCAUGGACAUGGUGAAGGCAGGCUUCAUGCUGAACAUGAUCGGGAUCCUGACCAUCAACAUGGGCAUCAACACCUGGGGAGACGCAAUGUUCCAGCUCAGCACUUUCCCUGACUGGGCCAACGUCACACAUGGGUCCAAGCCCUGAGAGGGGGAGGAGAGAGAGGAGGGAGGAAGGAGGGAGGAUUUUGAUAUGAGCACCAGAGAGAGAGAGAGAGGCAGACAGACAUUACCAGUCAAAAGUUUGGACACACCUACUCAUUCAAGGGUAUUUCUUCAUUUUUACUAUUUUCUGCAUUGUAGAAUUAUAGUGAAGACAUCAAAAAUGUGAAUGGAAUCAUGUAGUAACCAAAAAAGUGUUAAACAAAUAAAAAUAUAUUUUAUAUGAGAUUUUUCAAAGUAGCCACCAGUUGCCUUGGUAUUCUCAUUUGCCUUGGCAUUCUCUCAACCAGCUUCAUGAGGUAGUCACCUGGAAUGCACUUCAAUUAACAGGUGUGCCUUGUUAAAGGUUAUUUUGUGGAAUUUCUUUCCGUCUUAAUGCUUUUAAGCCAAUCAGUUGUGUUGUGACAAGGUAGUGGGGGCAUACAGAAGAUAGUCCUAUUUGGUAAAAGACCAAGUCCAUAUUGUGGCAAGAACAGCUCAAAUAAGCAAAGUAAAAUGAUAGUCCAUCAUUAUGUUAAGGCAUGAAGGUCAGUCGUUUCAAGAACUUUGCGCGGUCGCAAAAACCAUCAAGCACUAUGAUGAAUCUGGCUAUCACGAGGACCGCCACAGGAAAAGAAGACCCAGAGUUACCUUUGCUACAGAGGAUAUGUUAAUUACAGUUACCAGCCUAAGAAAAUGCAGCCCAAAUAAAUGCUUCACAGAGUUCAAGGAACAGAUACAUCAACUGCUCAGAGGAGACUGUGUGAAUCAGGCCUUCAUGGUCAAAUUGCUGCAAAGAAACCACUACUAAAGGACACCAAUAAGAAGAGACUUGCUUGGUUCAAGAAACACGAGCGAUGGACAUUAGACGGGUGGAAAUCUGUCCUUUGGUCUGAUGAGUCCAAAUUUGUAAUUUUUGGUUCCAACCGCCAUGUCUUUGUGAAACGCAGAGUAGGUGAAUGGAUGAUCUCAUGUGUGGUUCCCACCAUGAAGCAUGGAAGAGGAGGUGUGAUGCUGUGGGGGUGCUUUACUGGUGAUACUUAAUUCAAGGUACACUUAACCAACAUGUCUACCACAGCAUUCUGCAGCGAUACGCCAUCCCAUCUGCUUUGCGCUUAGUGGGACUAUCAUUGGUUUUUCAACAGGUCAAUGACCCAAAACACCUCCAGGCUGUGUAAGGGAUAUUUGACCAAGGAUAAAAGUGAUGGAGUGCUGUAUCAGAUGACCUGGCCUCCAAAAUCACCCAACCUCAACCCAAUUGAGAUGGUUUCAGAUGAGUUGGACCGUAGAAUGAAGGAAAAGCAGCCAUCAAGUGCUCAGCAUUUAUGGGAACUCCUUCAAGACUGUUGGAAAAGCAUUCCAGGUGAAGCUGGUUGAGAGGAUGCCAAGAGUGUGCAAAGCUGUCAUCAAGGCAAAGGGUGGCUACUUUGAAGAAUCUCAAACAUAAAAUAUAUUUGGAUUUGUUUAACACUUUUUUGGCUACUACUUGAUUCCAUAGAUGUUAUUUCAUAGUUUUGAUUUCUUCACUAUUAUUCUACAAUGUAGAAAAUAGUAAAAAAAAAAGAAAAACCUUUGAAGGAGUAGGUGUGUCCAAACUUUUGACUGGUACUGUAAAUGUGGACUGACAGGCAAACAGAAAGUCAGACAUAGACAGAGAGAGAGACAAAGUGAAUGGGAAAGGGAGAUUAAGCACACACACAUAAUGUUGAAGUGAACAAGUACACCAGCUACAGUAUCUUCUCCUUAAUUUAGGACAGUUUAGAAAUAAGAUACCAUAUACAAUAUGGUUGCAGCUCUACCUUGCCCUCUGAUAGGCUAAGUCUGCUGUUAAAAGUGCCGAGGUGGUCAGGGCAUGGGGCUUAGGGAACUAGGGUCUUAGUCGUUCCUGGACUGGGCCAUACAUUGAAAUACAGUACCAUUGCCCCCUAGUGUUCAUUACAUGUAAUUGUAAAUCUGGUGAAGCGGAAUAGGGUUGAAUGGUGCUUCAACACAGUAGUGCACUCCUUUGAAUCGAGUCUGUCCCAGUUCCAGACAAGGAUAUCCUUAAAACGAGACUACUUCUUCAAAGCAAGCAUUGUGCAGGAAUGUGUAUAUAUAUAUAUAUAUAUUGAAAUAUAGCAUAUAAGUAGGAAUGGAGACCGAGUGGCGCAGUGGUUCAAUCCCGGGCUUUGUCACAACCGGCUGUGAUCUUGAGUCCCAUAUGGAGGCGCACAAUUGGCCCAGCUUCGUCCGGGUUAGCGGAGGGUUUGGCCGGGGUAGGGUGUCAUUGUAAAUAAGAAUUUGUUUUUAACUGACUUACCUAACUGUAAAAAAUAUUUUUUGUUUCAACUUAUUAUUUCCAGUGGCCUUUUUCAAGCUCAGAGUACUUCACAUUUCACGGUAUCCUCGCUUUGAUUACAUUUAUUUUGACUAACAAUAGACUGUUAAUUUCAUGUUUGUAAAUUGUUAAUUUAAUAUUAUUAUUUGAAUCAACUUAAACCUUUGUUAUGUUAACAAUAAAUGUGGAAUUCUAAUAACUCAAGCUACAUUAUUGUUGCCAAAUAAGACAGCUAAGUACACUGCUUCAUUUCAGUGUAACUUACUAUUAUAAUUCGAGUCAACUUAAAGGUUUAUUACGUCAACAAUAAAUGUUAAUUAACAUAGCAACAGAAAGCAACAUUUGUUGACAAAUUAAAAAUCACCUAAGUCCACAUCAUCAUGCCAGUAUAACCAACUGUUUUUUGUUGAGUUAAUUUUGCAUUUUGUUAAGUCAACUUUCAAUUAAGUUACUGUAACUAGUAAUACAUUUACAUUACAUUUAAGUCAUUUGGCAGACGCUCUUAUCCAGAGCGACUUACAAAUUGGUGAAUUCACCUUAUGACAUCCAGUGGAACAGCCACUUUACAAUAGUGCAUCUAAAUCAUUUAAGGGGGGGUGAGAAGGAUUACUUUGUCCUAUCCUAGGUAUUCCUUAAAGAGGUGGGGUUUCAGGAGUCUCCGGAAGGUGGUGAUUGACUCCGCUGUCCUGGCGUCGUGAGGGAGUUUGUUCCACCAUUGGGGGGCCAGAGCAGCGAACAGUUUUGACUGGGCUGAGCAGGAACUGUACUUCCUCAGUGGUAGGGAGGCGAGCAGGCCAGAGGUGGUUGAACGCAGUGCCCUUGUUUGGGUGUAGGGCCUGAUCAGAGCCUGGAGGUACUGCGGUGCCGUUCCCCUCACAGCUCCGUAGGCAAGCACCAUGGUCUUGUAGCGGAUGCGAGCUUCAACUGGAAGCCAGUGGAGAGAGCAGAGGAGCGGGGUGACGUGAGAGAACUUGGGAAGGUUGAACACCAGACGGGCUGCGGCGUUCUGGAUGAGUUGUAGGGGUUUAAUGGCACAGGCAGGGAGCCCAGCCAACAGCGAGUUGCAGUAAUCCAGACGGGAGAUGACAAGUGCCUGGAUUAGGACCUGCGCCGCUUCCUGUGUGAGGCAGGGUCGUACUCUGCGGAUGUUGUAGAGCAUGAACCUACAGGAACGGGCCACCGCCUUGAUGUUAGUUGAGAACGACAGGGUGUUGUCCAGGAUCACGCCAAGGUUCUUAGCGCUCUGGGAGGAGGACACAAUGGAGUUGUCAACCGUGAUGGAGAGAUCAUGGAACGGGCAGUCCUUCCCCGGGAGGAAGAGCAGCUCCGUCUUGCCGAGGUUCAGCUUGAGGUGGUGAUCUGUCAUCCACACUGAUAUGUCUGCCAGACAUGCAGAGAUGCGAUUCGCCACCUGGUCAUCAGAAGGGGGAAAGGAGAAGAUUAAUUGUGUGUCGUCUGCAUAGCAAUGAUAGGAGAGACCAUGUGAGGUUAUGACAGAGCCAAGUGACUUGGUGUAUAGCGAGAAUAGGAGAGGGCCUAGAACAGAGCCCUGGGGGACACCAGUGGUGAGAGCGCGUGGUGAGGAGACAGAUUCUCGCCACGCCACCUGGUAGGAGCGACCUGUCAGGUAGGACGCAAUCCAAGCGUGGGCCGCGCCGGAGAUGCCCAACUCGGAGAGGGUGGAGAGGAGAAUCUGAUGGUUCACAGUAUCGAAGGCAGCCGAUAGGUCUAGAAGGAUGAGAGCAGAGGAGAGAGAGUUAGCUUUAGCAGUGCGGAGCGCCUCCGUGAUACAGAGAAGAGCAGUCUCAGUUGAAUGACUAGUCUUGAAACCUGACUGAUUUGGAUCAAGAAGGUCAUUCUGAGAGAGAUAGCGGGAGAGCUGGCCAAGGACGGCACGUUCAAGAGUUUUGGAGAGAAAAGAAAGAAGGGAUACUGGUCUGUAGUUGUUGACAUCGGAGGGAUCGAGUGUAGGUUUUUUCAGAAGGGGUGCAACU